CGGUGGAUCCAGACAGCGGGGGAAUGGAGCGUCCCAAUGAAAAAAAAAACCUUCCUCCUCCUCUUACCUGUUUCCCUUCAGCUCAACGACCUUGAGCCCCCGCUGUACUAACAGGAAUAAGAAACAGAUCAAAUAAAGACCACCCUCCCCCUCCCAAAUCCCAUUUUAUUUUGUGGGAAACAAACACAACUACUACUGAGAAAGCAGGAAUAAAAGAAGACAUUUUUGGACGUCCCGUGAGGAGACUUUUUGGGGUGGUCCCAUCAUGAAACCGUUCAUUUCUGUGCCCCCUCUCUCAUGGCUAUUGCUGGUCCUGAUGUGCUGCCCCCUGCUGGGCAUGGUGGAGGCUGCAGGCGGGAAAAAAGCCAACGAUAACGCUAACCCCCACCUGGGAGAUUCGGACCCUGAACGCUGCAUGAGGCAUCACUUUGUGGAGACCAUCACACACCCCAUUUACAAGUGCAACUCCAAGAUGGUGCUCCUGGCUCGCUGCGAGGGUCACUGCAGCCGCUCCACACGCUCAGACCCGCUCAUCUCCUUCAGCUCGGUGCUCAAACAGCCCUUCAAGAGCACCUGCUCCUGCUGCAGACCCCACUCCUCCAAGCUGAAGGCGGUGAGGCUGCGCUGCUCCGGAGGAACAAGGAUCACCGCAACGUACAGAUACAUCCUCGCAUGCAACUGUGAGGAGUGCAGCUGAGGAACUCUCAAACCAUUCCUCUGUUGGCCUCGAGACUCAAAGCUGUCUGGAGAUCUUUGGAUUGGAAAAUAAUCGACAGAUCGGCUCGAAACUCUAUCUUGGGAGAUGGAUAGUGACCUUUAAAACUGACCUGGGACUCAGAACACUCGUUAUUAUGUGCUUUCAAUCAUUUGUCCACAAACAACUAUCUGUCUGGAGCUCUUUGGAUUGAACAAAUCGACGGGUCGGCUCGAGAUCUAUCCAUCUAUCUUGGGAGUUUGGAUAAUGAUAUUUAAAACUGACCUGAGACUCAGAACCCUCUUUACCUUCUGCAUUAUUAUCACUUUUUGUCUGUUUUCAUGGUGUUCGAUUGUCAAUUUGAAAAUACCAGAAGGAAAAGGUUGUGCACAGAUUGAACUACAAAACUAAUCAGUCCAAUAUAUAAAUCGGAAAAUCGACGGCGGCUCGAGACACAUCCUUUACUCAAGUAGAAGUACAGAUACUCGUGUUUAAAAAUACUCUGGUAAAAGUAGAAGUACUGACUAAACUUCUUUACUCAAGUCAAAGUAAAGAGGCUUUGAAAUGUACUUCAGUAAAAAGUCCCCAUAACUAGCAGCAGUUUUAAAGAGUACCUGACCUCCCUUUAUAUUAAUAGAACAAUAAUGUCAUUGUUAGCUAAUGAAUGUUUCCAUGCUG